ACGAACAACAGUGUUGAGUUUGCCUGUCGAGUUUUGUUUGGGAAUGUUUUUGACGCUUAAAAGUGAGUAGUUAAUGAUAAAAGUAUUGUACUAUAGUUUAAAAUCAAAAGUACUUUAGUGAAAGUGUUUGUUAAAGAAGUGUGUUUUGAGUGUUAGACUGCAGUGUAACCAAAUCUGAGGAGUCAUUAAAGAUGUCAUUAAGAACUGAAAAAGAGGUGCACCAAUUUAACUAAACAGAUGCUCAAUGCAAUAUAUCAAAGUAUACACAAGUAAAGCACAGAUGUUUGGAAUAAAAUGGCGCUGUAUUUGCAGUAAAUGAUUAAAGGUCGUACCGAUGGUCACAUCGCCCGGCCGCGCUGAGCCGCGUCGCUCUCGGUCCCGUGAUCUCCGGCCGUGAGGUGUGGCCCCGCGAGCGUAGCAGCCGCCGUGAUGAGCACAACCCGCCACCAUGCGUCGGCGGCCAUUCUGAACCGGGAACGGACGCGUCGGUCGCGAAAUGGCCCUCAGCGGCGGCGAGCCCAGCCCGCCGGCGCACGCACGCCCUCCCGCGCCCACUCACUAUGAGAUGUGGAAGCACGGCAAGUGGCGACAGAAAGCACCGCCGCCCAGAACCGACCCUGCCAUCCGAGUACCCAGAUAGAGACUGCAGUGUUAUACAGGCCUAAGUGUGUCCGUGUAGUGUAAAUAUAGUGUGUUCGUUAAGCAUGUCGGGUGAAGGGCGCGGCUCCCGCACCCCGCUGCUGGAGUGUGGCUACGCGCCGGCGCACGCGCAUAAGACGCCGGCGCCGCGCUGCUGCUUCUGGCUGGCGAGCCACAUCAACGUGAGGAAGUGCGUCGCUGGCGUCAUGCUGCUCUCCGUCCUCACCAUAUUCUUCUAUACUUAUUACGUCACCGUGCCCCUAACGAGCUUCGUGUGGCGCGACCGCGUCCCGCGGCCGUUGUCGCAGUGUUCGUUGUUGGCGUCGCAGCAACACGCGCGUGACCACAGCUCCGAUGCGCGUUUGCGUAGCGACGCCAAGGUGCUCGUCAUCGUCGAGUCAGCCUACUCCCGCCUUGGCAGAGACAUCGCAGAAUUACUCGUAGCCAAUAGGAUUCGGUACAAGGUGGAGGUGGCAGGCAAGAGUCUGCCAGUCCUCACCACGUUGGACAAGGGACGGUACGGAGUGAUCAUCUUUGAAUCUCUCAACAAAUACGCGAACAUGGACAAAUGGAAUCGGGAACUUCUGGACAAGUACUGCCGGGAGUAUGCCGUUGGCGUCGUCGGGUUUGCGACGCCAGGGGAGGAGACCCUUGUUGGAGCUCAGCUGAAGGGUUUCCCACUCUUUAUGCAUACUAAUCUAAGACUUAAGGAUGCAACCCUCAACCCAGCGUCACCAGUGUUGCGACUGUCGCGCGCGGGGGAGACAGCAUGGGGCGCGCUACCCGGCGACCACUGGACAGUCUUCCGUGCCAAUAGCACCACGUACGAGCCCGUUGCUUGGGCAGUGCGACAGAAUGAAUACGGCUCCAGCGAAGAGCGCGUCCCUCUGGCGACGGUGAUACAAGAUCACGGGCGCGUGGACGGCGUGCAACGCGUGCUGUUUGGCGCCGGCCUGCAGUUCUGGUUGCACCGUCUGCUGCUGCUUGACGCACUCAGCUACCUCAGCCAUGGACAGCUCAGUCUCAGCCUCGAUAGAUGGAUACUUGUUGAUAUUGAUGAUAUAUUCGUUGGAGAGAGAGGUACUCGACUCCACGAAGAAGACGUAUCAGCACUUCUAGCAUCGCAAGCAGCGUUACAGAGACUUGUAGCUGGCUUUAGAUUUAACCUGGGUUUCAGUGCUAAGUACUACCACCACGGUACGCCACUGGAGAAUCGAGGCGAUGAUGCAUUACUUCGGAAUAGAGAACAUUUCACAUGGUUUUGUCACAUGUGGAACCACCAGCAGCCGCAUUUGUACAACAACGUAUCUCAGUUAGAAGCCGAGAUGAUGUUGAACAAACAAUUUGCUCUAGAGCACGGUAUCCCCACAAACUCGUGCUACUCUGUGUCACCGCAUCACUCAGGCGUGUACCCGGUGCACGAGCCGCUUUACGAAGCCUGGCGUAAAGUCUGGGACGUCCAGGUCACCAGUACCGAAGAGUAUCCACAUUUAAGACCUGCCAGAUUACGUCGCGGCUUCCGUCACCGCGGUGUGAUGGUGUUGCCGCGUCAAACUUGCGGGCUGUUCACUCACACGCUGCUACUGGAGCGAUACCCCGGCGGCAGACAGCGACUCGACCGCUCCAUACAAGGCGGGGAACUCUUCCAGACAGUUAUCAAUAACCCUAUCAACAUCUUCAUGACGCAUAUGUCAAACUAUGGCAACGAUCGUCUGGCGCUAUACACGUUCGAGUCUGUGGUAAAGUUCCUGCGCUGCUGGACCAACGUGCGACUCGCCUCCGCGCCGCCGCUCGCCCUCGCGCACAAGUACUUCCAGCUGCGACCCGAUGAAUUGAACCCACUCUGGGGGAAUCCAUGCGACGAUAUACGUCACCGUCGCAUCUGGUCGAAGAGCAAAUGGUGCGGCAGUCUGCCUCGUGUGCUUGUCAUCGGGCCGCAGAAGACCGGCAGCACCGCGCUGUACAGCUUUCUCGCGAUGCACCCCGCCCUCGUGCCCAACCUGCCCAGCCCCACCACAUACGAGGAGCUGCAGUUUUUCAACAAUAAUAACUACCUCAAAGGAUUGGAUUGGUAUUUGAACUUCUUCCCGGCAAAUCUCAGCAACUCGAGCCAGAUGGCGUUUGAGAAGUCUGCUACGUACUUUGACGCGGAACUAGCGCCGCGACGUGCGCACGCGCUGCUGCCUACAUCCAAGAUCAUAGCUAUACUCAUAUCUCCAUCCAAAAGGGCGUACUCUUGGUACCAACAUAUAAGAUCGCACGGUGACCCGGUGGCGAGAAACUAUACCUUCCACACGAUCAUUACAGCCAACGAUUCCGCGCCCAAGCCGCUUAAGGACUUAAGGAACCGUUGCCUGAACCCAGGUAAGUACAGCCACCAUUUGGAGCGCUGGGUGUCAGAGUUCGGCGCGCACCAGCUGCAUGUGGUGGACGGUGCUGCAUUACGCGCCCAGCCCGCCGCCGCUCUGCACGCGCUGCAGAAGUUCCUUAAACUCAGUCCGCACAUUGACUACAAUAAUCUACUCAAAUACGACGCGAAGAAAGGUUUCUUCUGCCAAGUGACGAGUGGUGAGAAGACGAAGUGCCUUGGCAAGUCGAAAGGGCGCAUCUAUCCGCCCAUGGAGGAGCGCUCUGCCAAAUUCCUAAAGCGAUACUACACGCCGCACAACGCCGCGCUCUCCAAACUUUUGGUACGUCUCGGCCGUCCUGUGCCCCCUUGGCUCAAGGAAGAACUUUCCAAUGGAUAGCACGAGCUGUCUCCGCUCAAACUCACGCACAGGCUCAUUAAAGUCUGUCUCGUGGCGGUGUGAACAAGGGUGCAACAUGUAUCCGUAAAUUUUGUGAGUUAACAUUGAGUAUUUGUUUCUCGUUUACUCUCCAAAUGAUAUGUAACUACCUCGUUUGAAUCAACAAAAGAUUUGUGUGACCCCGUGAACAAUGACUAUAAGUUUAGUGUCACAACAUGUUUCUGCGUGUGUUUUGACGAUCAAUUGUUUUGUCGAAUAUGUUAUAAUCUCGUAAAUAUUUUAAACUUACAAUGAACUUAAUUCGUGUUGAGAGUUUUAAAAUGGUUUUAAACCGGCAGUGUUUUUGUCUGCGUUUUUAUUUUAUUUGUGCGACUGGUAUAGCUUUACACUUUUUUUUUAAAUAGUCGAAUUUUUUUUAAACUUAUUAAUUAGAUUUAAGGUAACAGUUGUCCCAUAAAGUUGUCGUUUUAUUUACUUUAUAAACAACGCGAGAGACUGCUAAAGUGGAUUUCCAUUGCCGAAAAAUUAUGAUACAAAGUCGUGUUGUUAACUCAUUCUUAUGGAGGCAAAGAUAAUGGAAGUUUUUUGGAUGACCAUUUCGUCAGUGGAAAUGCACGAUUGCUAUGCAUCUCUUUUUUUUGCUUAAAAAGUCUUAAUUUAAACGAUUUACGAUAGCUUUUUUAAUAUUAACCUGGAAUUGAACGAUAAUUCUUUACGAGUUAUUUUACUUGCCCAUAUUUACUUAGCCAUUUGGUAUAGGCAGGUAACGCACGAACAAUGCUGCAAAAGUACUAGUUUUAUUUUAGUAAAUUAUUGUUUUUUUUUCUUUUACAAAGCAAAUAAUCGAGCUAUGAUUGUUUAUAGUCAAAGUAAGAUUUAUAAAAUAGUUAUUGUGAAAUUUGUUUCUCAUUCCAUGCGACAGUUUGGCUAUUUCUUGAACUAUGAUGGAAUUACUUACAACAACAAUGAUUUAAAAUUUACGUCAAGAGAUUUUAUAGAACAAAAGUAUUCGUCGCUAAUAAUAUGAAAGUUAACUAAUAUGUUAUGUCUAUCUUAUCGUCUAAUCAGAACUGAGCACUGGUACAAUUUCAUUGAAAUUUCCUAAAAACAAUAAAAGAAUUGUUUUAAAAAAAAUAUACAUAAAAGUACAUAAUAUAACAUUGAUAUUUGGUCAGACGUAUCUUAAUCUGUUGAUGAAAGUAAAAGUUAGUUUCCAUUGUCAAAAAACGUACUAACAAAAACAAAAACAGAUCGCCAUGCCCACACAAUGACAUAAAAACUGAGAUAUAUAUUUCAGUGGUCAUAUGGCAGUGUAAACUUACUUUAACGACAUUCGGUACCUGACAAAUUAUACAUUAGUUAGUCCCGCGCUUGGCCAUGUCUAUAACUCUAACAUUUGUUCGUCUGGUGCCAUAUCAAUUGUCACUAACGGCACUAACAUAUUUCACACGAGAAGAGAACAUACAGAGCAAUGGACAUUCCAGUACUACUAUAUACAGACCAGUGUAGGUUCAAACAAUAGUAGUACUGCACUGUCCUGCUCUGUAUCAUUGUUCUGUCCUAGUGUGAAAUUAGCAAUAAAACAUUGUCUUUUGUGUACAACACGCUAGUCCUUAUUGUAAGCUAUAUGUGUAUUUAAACUCUGAAGUAUCGUGAAGUACAGAAUGUCAGGAUUUGUUUUUUUUAUUAGCAAAUUUAUUGCUUAAGUUAUCAAAUUGAGCAGCUAUUCGAUCAGUUGUGAGGCAAAGGUACAAUUAACCAAUUGGAUUAUUGUGGCCUUGUUCAUUUUAGUAUUAUACAUAUUAUAUGAAAUCUUCUAUACAAUACCUUUAAAAUUAAAUAUAACCCGGAAGAAAAAAAAAACUAGGAUUGUGUAACCUUUUAAAGGUUUUUUAAUUUAAUUAGAGUUAUCAUAUGAUCCGUAUUUGCCUACCCCUCUGGGUGACAGACGUGGGUUAUGAUUCAAGUUAUUUCGCUAUUUCAAAUUCCAUUUGUUAGAAACAAUUUUCUUUGCAUUUCGUAAAGAAUAAUUCAAAGAUAAACUACGUUAGAAUUCUAAAAGAACACAAUUGUGAAACAAGAUCAUAUUACAUUGUUAGAUUUUGUAUAAUACUGAAAUGACAAAAACCUCGCCUCUAAUACAAAAAAAAAGUUUCCAUCUUUAA